AUGAAGCUGGGGUUUGUCUGUGCUCUGCUUUCUCUGCUGGCAGGAAACAGCCGGGCAGACACCAGAGCCAUUGGGGCUCAGGAAUGCCACCCCAACUCGCAGCCCUGGCAGGCAGGCCUCUUCUUCUUCACCCACCUCUUCUGCGGGGCGACCCUCAUCAGUGACCGCUGGCUGCUCACAGCUGCCCACUGCUACAAGCCGUAUCUGUGGGUCCGCCUCGGGGAGCACCACAUCUGGAAAUGGGAGGGCCCAGAGCAGCUGUUCCGGGUCACGGACUUCUUCCCCCACCCCGGGUUCAACCAGGACCUUCGAGCCCAAGACCACAAUAACGACAUCAUGCUGAUCCGCCUGCCCAGGAAGGCACGCCUGGGACCUGCCGUGCAGCCCCUCAACAUCAGCCAGACCUGUGUCUCCCCAGGCACCCAGUGCCUCAUCUCCGGCUGGGGGGCCGUGUCCAGCCCCAUAGUGGAGUACCCACUCACACUGCAGUGUGCCAACAUCAGCAUCCUGGAGCCCAGACUCUGCCGGAGGGCAUACCCUGGCCAAAUCUCCAAGCGUAUGCUCUGUGCCGGCCUGUGGGAGGGGGGCCGUGGCUCCUGCCAGGGCGACUCUGGGGGCCCGCUGGUUUGCCACGGGACUCUGGCUGGUGUGGUGUCUGGGGGCUCCGAGCCCUGCUCCCGACCCCGGCGCCCCGCCGUCUACAGUAGCGUUUGCCACUAUGUGAAGUGGAUCAGAAAGACGAUGGAGGAAUACUGA